AUGUUUCAUACUCAUGGAUACCACAACAUUUCUGAUAUGAAAUUGACGAACAGUGCAUCAGAUCAAAAUGUCUACUUCACAUACGUGUGCCUGAUCAAUGAAGUAAAUCCAUCUUUUAGCAAAAACGAUAAUGGGAUGAAUUCAACGGACCACGGACAAGACCCACCAUCGAUCCGUACUAUUGAAGCGGACGAUGAAGAUGAUGAGAAAAAUGCUUCCAUAAAAGUAGAGAGAUCAAAAGCAUUACACGAACUUGUAGAAUCCCAUCGCCACGAAUAUCACCAAGGAAACAAAUAUAAUGCAUCUCCUAAGUUAAAUAGAUUUGAUGAGGACAGCGAACCAUCUGAUGAUGAAGAAUGCAGAGACUUUCCAAAUCCAAAGCAGUUGAAAUUGACAAAGAUGAAAUGGCUGAGCGAGGGUCGGGAAGGAUCAAUGGAUUCCAGUUCGCCAUCAAUAUCGCCAUUCUAUUCAAGCAGCUCCCUGGACAGCAGAGAAUCGGAUGAUGUUAUAGGUCAACAAAUGAGUUUUGGAGAAAAAUGUCUAUCGACGAUUCUCAAAUUAGACCGAGAACACAAUAUGUUUGGUUUAUCAAAUAUAGCUAUUGUGGGAAAGAAAAUAUCUAAAAAAAAUCGCAAAGAAGAUGAUAAACCUGUAUUCCCGCAAACAGCAAUAAUUCAGAUUUGUUGUGGAAAGAAAUGCUGCAGAUACAGAGUAUUCUAUCAUUCUAUAUAA